UUGAACAAUGCACACGAGUAUUCCUCCUCAACCCUCGUCGUCGGCGUGUACCGCGUGCUUUAUUUUCAUCGAGCUUGUCCGCGUGCGGAUCGAGAGUGUCUUCCGCAGAGGCGCGUGCAUGUGUGCCAGGUCCUUCUCCGAGGACCCUUGGCUCAGUGAGUGUCACGCUCUCCCACACGGAUGACACUUUCUUCGCGUCUCGACUGCUCCGCAACCGCGUUUAGUUAGCCAAUUUAAAAUCAAUUUUAACGUGACAAUGUUAUACAAAUGUGCAGGAUCGAGAGUGAUUUUAGGCUGAUUUUAAUAUUCGUUGGAAAAAGUGACUCGUUCAAUUUGUUUCAAGUAUUUGAUUUUUGUGUCCGUCGCCCUUAAAAUGAACGUCGAGGAGACCCAAGUCGGCUGGUUCCAAAUACUUCUUCUCUUUUUACUUUCCAUCAAUUAUGUAAUCGUCUCCAUGAGCCAUGCGCUUCCGGUUUUUCAAAAUUAUACUCCCAAAUUCUAUUGCGAGUCUUCCGAUGGAACGAACAGAACCUACGGCUGCCUGCCCUCCAUGAGCUUGCCGAACGCCUCCCUCCCAACAGACAGACAGAAUCAGAACAAUGGCGACUCGUGCACCAACGGAUACUCCUGGGAGGCUGAGAUCACCGAGAGAAGCGUCGUCACCGAUUGGAGUUUGAUAUGCGAGAAAAGCUACCUCAUUUAUCUCGGACCAACGGUUUAUUACGUUGGAAUCUCAAUAGGCGCCUCGCUUGCUGGCAUUUUGGCUGAUCGCGUCGGCAGACUUCCGGUUCUCGCGAUAUGCUUGUACAUUCAGGGUACCAUGGCUGCUGCCACUUACAUCGUCCAGAGUUAUCCUGCCUUCCUCGUGCUCCGGGGGCUCCAAGGAGUAUUUGCCCAAGGUUUACAAAACACUUCGUACAUUCUGACGCUGGAAUUGUUCCCGAAAAACUUUCGUACGAUCGUCGCAACGACGAUGGAGCUUUUUUGGGCCCUCGGCGUCAUCUUGCUCGCUGGGCUGAGCCACAUGAUACCGGAUUGGAGGAUCCUCCAGCUGGCUGUAUCCGUGCCGACUGCGGUCACAGUUCUUUACAUCUGGAUAAUCCCAGAGUCGCCUCGGUGGUUGCUGGCCAAGGGGAAGUCCACGGAGGCCGAUAUUUCGCUGGAGAAAAUAGUCAAGUACAACGGCUGUUGCUCGCGGAAAAAUCGGCAGACUCUCGUCGCGGAGACUGAAAGUGUCAGUGCGAGUUCGACGCCUGCGAAACCCGAGCGGAAGUCGCGCCUCGUGAGGUCGGACGGGGCGAGCAAAGACGCUCGGAACGAGGGGGACGAGGCUUGCGAACUUACGAACUUGCUGACACCGCCGAAUCCGGCUCAACGCAAGUCUCGAAGAACGAGCCUCCGUGCCAUUACGGAAAACCUGGAAAAACGAUUGUCGAACGUCGAGCUUCCGAGUCCGGAAAUAAGCGUCGGGGAAGCAGAGGACACGACCUGCUGCGAUACGCCGCUCGACCUCGCCACGUCGAGCUCCAAUAAUUACUCCGAAGCUCGAAAAACGUCGACGAACUGCGAGACCGAUUCUCGCGUUAAAAAUCCUGAGGACGAUGAAGUAUUGAUCGUGAGAAACUCGAGCACGGAAAUUCAUAACGAGGAACAAAACAUCGGCGCUACGAAAAAAGAGGAUACACCGGAUAUCGAAAAAGUACAAGAAGCAGGUGUCAAUACGAGGAGAAACAGAUUCCUCAGUAAAUAUCUCAUCAUUAUGGCGUGUCAAUGGUUCACCGCAUCCGUUACACGAGGCAUUUUCAACGAUUUAACACCGGAGCUGAGUAAAAAUCGGCACGUGAGUUUUGCGAUUGGUGGUGGGCUGGAAAUGAUCGCUUACGUGCUCACCUACUUCGCACUCUCGAGAUACGGACGGAGAAUUCCGAUGAGUCUCUGUCAAUUCGUGAAUUGUGUUGUUUGCAUAACGGUCGGCGUUAUUGCCGUUUUUACGCAUUCUAACAUUGUUUGGAUCGGACCGUCAAGGAUCGUGUUUUUGCUUAUCGGUAAAAUAUCCGUCGUAUCCUUAAUCGCCACAGCUUAUCUCUUCACCGUCGAAAUAUUUCCGACCGUAAGACGAGGCGCGUGCUUAGGGCACUGCGCCAUCACUGGGAUGCUCGGUAGCCUGAGUUCUCCACAUAUUUUGUCAAUCAGGAACCACACAACGAUCGCAGCUCCCAUGUCGAUCACAGGAUCUUUGUGUUUGGUUUCCGGUUUGAUAAGCCUCUUGCUACCGGAAACGAUGAACGAAGCUUUGCCGGACAGGGUCAUUCAGAUUGGGCGAACGUUAACGAAAAACAAGAUCGGAGUGGCGAAUUGUGAGGGCGAAAAGGCCGAAGAGGAGGCUUCCAAAAGUGAAAUAUUACGAGAGAAGCUUUAUUCCGAGGAUUGGGUGGAUGCGGGCAACGGAAUAAUAGUUACUUUUUCCGAGAACAAAAAUUAGCUCGCUUGUAGUUUGAAUGAAGUUAUAAUCUCGAAUUAGAGGCUGCAAGACACACCAAAGGAAUUUGCCGAGUUCAAUCGCUCGAGUUGAUCGGCUCGAAAACAUGGGAGAACCUCGAAACAAUCUAAAAACAAAAAAGAACUUCGUAUGCGAUGAUUUAUUCAUUGAACAAAAAAGAAUCUUAACAAGUAUUAAUUAAAAUGUAUUUACGCUUUAAGUAACGUUUAAGUCUCGGCGUGAUAAGUAUUAAAAAUGACCGAUUGUGUUGAAAUUCACACAAUAAAUAUACGAUGGGAAUGUC